AUGCCCGUGGCCAUGGUCCUCCCAGCUCCUCUUGCUGCCGCCGGCAAGCCCGCCCAGUUCGCCCUCCCCGACCUCGUGGGCCACUGCACCUUCCCGCUCACCUACCACCCCGCCGGGGACGCGACCGCCGCCGCGUCCGUCGCGUGGCUCGCGUCCUCCUCGCCCGAGAUUGCGGGCUCCCCGCGCGCCCUCCGCGCCCUCCACGGACUCCGCGCCGGCGAGCUCACUGCGAUGUGCUACCCAACGUGCGCGCCUGAGCGGCUCCGAGUCGUCAGCGACUUCAUGUACUUCCUCUUCCGGCUCGACGACAUCUCGGACGGGAUGGUCCGCGCGGGCACGCAGGCGCUCGCGGACGCCGUCAUGAACGCGCUCUGGUUCCCGGACCGGUUCUUGCCGACCGAGAGGGAGUUCUGGGUGCGCUGCACGCGAGACGCAAAGCCGGGUCCGCAGGCGCGCUUCAAGGAGCACCUCGAGCUCUUCUUCGAAGCCGUCCACCAGCAGGCGCGAGACAGGGAUGCAGGUUCGAUCCCCGACCUCGAAUCGUACAUAAAUGUCAGACGCGACACUAGCGGCUGUAGGCCGGUGUUCGACCUCAUCGAGUACGCGGCGGACAUCGACCUGCCCGAGUGUGUGGUCGCGCAUCCGACCAUCAGGGCCCUGAGCGACGGCGCGAACGAUCUCGUCACGUGCGCGCAGGACAUCUUUUCCUACAACAAGGAACAGGCUCGCGGCGACACGCACAAUAUGAUUGUGAUCCUCAUGAAGCUCCGCGGGUGCGACCUCCAGACCGCGGUGGACUCCGUCGGGGACCUCUGCCGGCAGACCAUCGACGCAUUCGUGGCGAACCAGCGCGCGCUGCCGUCCUUCGGCCCCAAGAUCGACCGCGAUGUCGCGCUCUACGUCCGCGGGCUGCAGGACUGGAUCGUGGGCUCGCUCCACUGGUCGUUCGAGUCCGAGCGGUACUUCGGCAAGUCGGGGGCGAAGGUGAAAAAGCUGGGGAUCGUGAAGCUGCUCCCGCGCCGCGACUCGCGGCCCGCGAUCCUCUACUUCACACUUUCUAGUUAG